UGACGGUAAUUAAAAGUGGACACAGCCAGUUACACUUUUGGUUUUGUGUAAUUACAGUGUCAUCUGCAGAGUGCAAAGUGUAGCAUUAUUUAACACACCGACUUGAGAGCCGGUGUGUAAAAUAAUUUCAGGGGAAAAUUCAAUAUUCAAAUCUGAUCUGAGAAAACAUGUUGCAGCCCUCUGGCAGGAGUAUUUUUGCACAUUUUCUUGAGCAUGAGAGGCAAGGUUUGAUCAGGAUGAUACGGGAGACAGGAGCUGUGAAUCCUCUUGUUUACAGGUCUGGAAAAAAAGCUGAGUGACCUUCGAAAAAACACUGCCCACAGGGGCAAGACAUGGGCUACAGGCACACAAAGGCUUUGUUUAGUCAGUGCACUCCUAUUGAUCACUAGAAGAAAGGAAAGGAAAUCAAUUACACAUAUGCAGGGAGCAAUCACAUUUCUAAAAGGAAAAGGCUGAGCUAAGGGGGAAAUUCAAAAUCGACACACAUGUUAGACAGAUAGGAAAAUAUCACUGGACGGAGACACCAUUGAGAGAGACAGUGGCAACAACCUAAGGGAUAAUAAGCCAUGCAUAAUUUAAUACCUGCAUUUUCUUUUUUUUUUUUUUUCUUGAGACGGGGCAAUAUCAUUAUGUAUUAAUAGCUAAUAUUCAUAAAGCGUGCAAUGUGUGGACAGAUAGAAGGAUGUCUUCUCAUUAUGAAACCCCAUCCAUCAGUGUUUUGUCAGGAUUCCCCAGCAAUGCGUGGAAAACAGAGUUUACACGGCUGUGGGAAUCAGGGGCAACGCAACAUUUCAUGGUCAUUAAACUUAAAAGUUGCCUGCGGCACAGUGUGUACCCAUCACAUGCUUCCAUAACUUUAAUAGAGCCACUGAUCUGUUUUCCAAGACGACAUAAAUUGCUUUUGCGGUGCAAUUUAUAGUGAUUUUUUUUGAAGAGUCAGUGAUCAAAAAUCCGUGUUGCAGACAUAGAAGCUCCUGCUGAGUUGUGAAUCUUGUCUGCUGUGGUGCAGCGUGCGUGCGCCCCUCCGCUCCUCCUCUGGAGUCUACAGCGGGGCACUCCGCAGUUCCAUUAUCCUGUAGCCCUUUUACGCGCACGACGUCCGCAACCACAGCGCCUCGCUGAGCCUCUGCUCUCCUCUCCUUCGUGGCUGGGAGGGAAAAAAAAGAAAAAAACAAGGUACUCUUCUUGACCAGAGCUCCGAUGGAGGAUCACUCUCUGUGGCGUUCAUGUGAUCCCCUCUAGAGGAAGACUUCUGUUUUCCUCACGACUCAUUUUCCAACGCGAUGUGGGACGCGCGCUGUGUGCGCGGAGAGCUCCCUUAUGCCGCUUGACUAAAGGGGGAGAUCCCGGCUCGCUUUUCAUCCUCUGCUCCCUCAGGAACAAGAGGAGUUUGCAUGCAAAAGGUGGUCUAUCGCGGCAAGCCAUGGAGGGACUUGCAUAAAGAAGAUCCGACAUAGGAGAAAAGUUUUUCUUUUCCUUUUUUUGCUGCAUCUGAAGUCCUAUCAUCAUGGCUGAGAAGCUCGGACCAGCUGGGCUGAAGCCCACCAACGUCCGAACUACACCCUCGCUUCCCCCCGAGCCCUUAGACAUCAUCCGCACCAAAGCCCGAACCCGCAGAGUCCGCCUUAACGUAGGAGGUUUGAACCAUGAGGUCCUGUGGCGGACCCUGGACCGGCUGCCCCGAACCCGCCUCGGCAAGCUUCGGGACUGCAACACCCACGAGUCUCUGAUGGAGGUGUGCGAUGACUACAGCCUGAACGAGAACGAAUACUUCUUCGACCGGCACCCGGGGGCCUUCACCUCCAUUCUGAACUUUUACCGAACAGGGAAGCUGCACAUGAUGGAGGAGAUGUGCGCCCUUUCGUUUGGCCAAGAGUUAGAUUAUUGGGGGAUCGAUGAGAUCUACCUGGAGUCCUGCUGCCAGGCCCGUUACCACCAGAAAAAAGAGCAGAUGAACGAGGAGCUGCGGAGGGAGGCGGAAUCCAUGAGGGAGCGGGAGGGAGAGGGAGAGUUUGAUAACACCUGCUGCCCGGAGAAGAGGAGGAAACUGUGGGAUCUCCUAGAGAAGCCCAGCUCCUCAGUAGCUGCCAAGAUCCUUGCCAUCAUAUCCAUUCUGUUUAUUGUCUUAUCCACCAUUGCCCUGUCUCUGAACACCUUACCGGAGCUCCAAGUCAUGGAUGAGUUUGGCCAGGCCAACGACAACCCUCAGCUGGCUCACGUGGAGGCUGUGUGUAUUGCGUGGUUCACCAUGGAGUACCUUCUUCGUUUCCUCUCCUCUCCCAAUAAGUGGAAGUUUUUCAAGGGCCCGCUGAAUGUUAUAGACUUAUUGGCCAUUCUGCCCUAUUAUGUCACCAUAUUCCUAACAGAGUCCAACAAGAGUGUGCUACAGUUCCAAAAUGUGCGGCGUGUGGUGCAGAUCUUCAGAAUCAUGAGAAUAUUGAGGAUCUUGAAGCUUGCCAGACACUCCACGGGGCUCCAGUCUCUAGGAUUUACUUUGAGAAGGAGCUACAAUGAACUGGGACUGCUUAUUUUGUUUCUUGCCAUGGGAAUCAUGAUAUUCUCAAGCUUAGUUUUCUUUGCUGAGAAAGAUGAAGAUGCCACAAAAUUCACCAGUAUCCCUGCCUCAUUCUGGUGGGCCACUAUCACAAUGACUACAGUGGGAUAUGGUGACAUUUACCCGCAGACUUUACUUGGGAAGAUUGUUGGUGGACUCUGCUGUAUUGCAGGAGUUCUGGUCAUAGCUCUACCGAUCCCCAUUAUUGUAAACAACUUCUCCGAGUUCUAUAAGGAGCAGAAAAGGCAGGAGAAAGCCAUCAAGAGGAGGGAAGCACUUGAGAGAGCUAAGAGGAAUGGUAGCAUUGUGUCAAUGAACCUUAAGGAUGCUGUCGCUCGUAGUAUGGAACUUAUGGAUGUGGUGGUGGAGAAAGGAGAAGACAAAAUGGACAACCACCUGUCGCCAAGUCGUUGGGGUGGCUCGACCAGGCAUGCUACUUCUGAAAGCAGUCUAAGAUCACCGGAUAAAAGAAACCCAGAAAGUUCUCCCCAUCGUAUAACCAUCACCACCACUGGAAGUCCGCAGCGCAUCAGCAGGACACCACAGCACCUUAAUGCUCAGAAACUGGAGGAUAUGUACAACCAGAUGACUAAGUCUCAAUCUUUUACCAAUCUCAACACUACAAGCUCCAUGAGCACCUUGAGCACAACUAUGACCGCCCCAGCCUCACCAAAGAAAUCUCUCAGCCCUGAAUUCACACUAAAGGAGGAGGUGCAGCUGGAGAUGAAGGAGGUCCGGCCUUCUUCAGAAGAUAACUUUGCAAGCUGCUCGACUGACUUUUUAGGGCAGGGCUCAGACGAGGGGAAUUCCACGCCAUGUAAGAUCAAACGGCCAAAAGCUCCACCAUACCUCGAUCUCAGCCAACUUAGAGCCAUUGAUGAUCUGAGCCCUCCUGACAGCUUUCAGACAGAUGGCUUCUAUGAAUCUAUCCACCCCUGUGAGCGAUCAGAGUUUCGCACUGGAGAGAAAAAAAACUGUAACAGCUCUGUGGACAAAUUCCAAGGCCCUUCAAUGGGUAAUAACUCUCUAAAAAUGAAAGGAUCAAGAGUCAUCUUCAACAAAACUUCCAAUGAAGGUCCUCUAACUCCACCUAGCACUACCUCUCCUGGAGACAUCAGCUCCAGUAUCCUGGAAGAUGAGUCUCCGGCAGGUGAGACAUCACCGCUCAUCCGUAGUUCGGACGAGCUGCUUCCAGUCAUAGUGGAGGACACCUGCAACUUCUCGCCUAAGAGGCUGGUGGUGGACACCCCACCAGGUGAUGAGGAGGAAUCUACAGAGCACCACGAUGACAAGCAUCUGAUGGAGGAGGCUGGUGCUGCAGUCGCACCUUUGUCACCCAAUAAAACGGCACAAAAUUGCACCCAAGGUGGGGCUGGCUCGAGCGAGGGGGCAAUGUCAGACAGCAACCAAAGUGGACACAAAGUAGAGAACCACAUGUUUACUUCCGAUAUCCACCUGAUACCUGGAGACGCCAGCCUUUCUCCAACCUGUGAAACAAGUAUGUGAAGGGAAGCGUUGAAGGACAAUACUACAACCUCAGCCUGGGCUGUGCCAGAACAGAAGGAUGAGUCAAGGGUGCAGUUGUAGUGAAAGAUAUUUUUGCAUGGCAUGACAAGUCUCUUAAUACUUGUGUUGUGAAAUGCUGCAAAAGAAACUGCAGUGCUUCUUGCAGGUUUGACUUUGGAUACUCAGCAGGCUCGGAGAGCAAGAGGAUCUUCUGGAAAUGUGAUGAUUUCAUUUACUAAGACGCAGGUUCUCCCAAUGUACAUAACGACCGUCUCUUUUUCUAGCAAGAAGAGGAAUGCACAGUGGGACUAACUGUAAAAAAAAGCAUGCAUUUAAAAAAAAAGACGGAUAUUUUACGGUGCUUCGUUUGCUAAGAGCGCUCCGUGUACAUACUAGGACAUGUAAGGCCAUGGCAAUGCACAGGACGGAAAAAGGAAGACUCAAUGGUACGAUUACGUACAAUGUGAAAAAAAGGAGGUGGAGGGGUUUGAAUCAACAGCCCUCAGACCGGGUGUUGCAUAGUAGCGACCUAUAAAAAAACAUAUCAUUACCUUUUGUGGAAAUGCAAAGUGUUCCCGACCUGUAAUGUCUUUUUGUUUCCUGUGUAAAAUGGUGAAUGAAGCUGUAACAUCGAUGCUGUUGCUUUGGGUUUUCAUAGCAGCUACAGAAACUUUAGGUUUGUUCGUAAAAUAUUCAAUUUCAGACUUUAAAGCACUACAGCAUAGAGCAUAAAUCUGCCGAAUAUAAUCUCCAACAUAACAGGAGCUAUCAGAUACCAAAGCAAAUUAACUAUAUACACAUAUAAAUCAGUUUUAAAAGUUAGAAUACUUGUUCAGACAUUUAAUUCCAUCUAAAACAAAGAAUAGAUACACUAUACAUCACUAGAAGUAGAUUUAAAAAUAAAUAGGUAAUAUUUGAGUCUAGAUUGGCUUCAUAAAAAGAAUAAUAAAGUAGGUAAAUCAGCACAAUGCACCUGGUCGUUCAGUUAGAUUAGUUUCUAUUAUAAAUAUAUUAGUAUCUGCUCUUGCAAUUCAAAUUGGAUAAUAUACCACAUAAAAUGACUAUAUUCAUCUUGAUGUCAAUGGACCAAACCAAGCACACUUACAAGCUUCAUUUACAUCAGCUUCAUAACACAUAUGCUAAUUACAUGUUUUGACAGUAUUUAUGUUUGUGUCUUAUGGUUUUUUUUACCUGCAUCAUGGUCACUAUGCUAUAUUCUGCACCCUGGUGUGAUUUUUUUUUUUUUUCUCUCCAGCAACUUGACCUGAUCCUGCUGAUAAGCUUAGUGCACCUUCUUUAUCUUAUAAUAAUUGUGGUGUCUUGGACUCUCUUUUUUUCUUUUUGGAGACAAAACAAUUUUCAGUCAAACUUAAACCCAAAGGAGUUUUCUUUGUUUCUCUUUUUGUCGUGUCUCUUCUUGCUUUUGUUUAAAACUGACUGAAAAUAUAUGUUAUAUGUUGCCUUUGAUUCCAAUUUAUCGCUGGAAUUUUUUGUUCAGUUUGUCUUGACACAACUCCUGUCUGGGAAGACUCCGGGGGUGUUGCUGAAAGCCACACGAGUGAGUUGUUAGAUUUUUAUUUUUAUUGUUAUUUUUAUUAUUAUUAUCAUGUCUUUCUGUUGGUUUGUUUUUCACAGAGAGGUGUGGAAUGUGCAAUACCGCAAACUGCUGUCUAUGCAGGCCAAGAAUUGUGGCACUUUAUUUUAUGUCAAUGGGAAUUUGUAAGUGUACAGGCAGAAAUGACUUGUAUUUUUCAAAUGUUAUAUCUUUAAUAUGAGAUAAAACAGUAUUUCGAAGACAAAAAUCUCACUAACAAUGCAAACUAGAAUCCGAUGGGGGGGUUUUCUGUCUUUCAUAUUAUAUUUCUGGCAUGAUACUAUCAAGAGUUUUAAAGCCAGAUAUAAUGGACCUUCAAUUUGAUUAUAGGGAUCCAAAUUGACCACCGGAGCUUUUUUUAUGGCUGUUAGAUUUAGAUAAAAAAUGUUUUAAAAGUCUUUGGACCUUAUUCAAAUGACCCUAUUUCCGUGGCCACAACAUAAUAAAGGAUUUUAUGUUUUUGUGAUUUAAGAAUUGUUCUAUUUUUUGUAAACCAAAAUGGAGCACGACCACAAUUUCCUGCCAUAUGGUGGCUGAAAUCAUGCGUGCCUUUUCAUAAAACUGUUGUUUAUGAGAAGGUAGCAAGUAAUUUUUGCUUUGUUCAUAUAAUACUGUACAGAAAAAAUUCUAAUUUUAUAGGAGAAAUCAGGUCUUUAUGUAAUAGAUUACAAGUAAUACUAUUGAGUUCUCAGGUUUUCUAUAACUCUCUGAUGCUCUCAUUAAAAAAAUUGUUUUUUGGGUUUUUAUUUUUGGGUUUGUUUGUUUAUUCUUCAACAGCAAGCUGAUUAUGUACAUCUUGAGAAGUGUUGCAAAAAUCCAUGUUAAUGUUCUGCCUCUGCAAACAAGGACACACAAAUAAAUGUGUGCUCCACAUUCAGUAUCCAUCCUCAUCAGUCUUUGUAAAAAAAUAAAAUAAAAUAAAAUAAAAUAAAAUUUCAAAGACCACAGGAAGACAGGAACCUAAAAGAAAAAUCUCCUCCUUAAUCCUGUGGCACGAAGGAGCAAAAACACGACAUUGCAUAACUUAUCAGUUUCGGUCCACAUUUAUUUAUUUAUUUAUUUAUUUUUGUCCGUACAAUUAAUGGUACAAACUGUUUGCCGAAAGUAGCAUAAUCAGACUCAGUAUCUAGACAUCCAUGUAAGACCUCAUAUCUUUGUCAAGCAGCCAAUCCCUCGUCGAAAGCAUGAAAUGUGAGGUGGUAAUUCAGAUUUUGUCUUUUAUUUUAAUGGAAGGAAGUUUAAAUGACAAUUCUCUUGUUAAAUCCAUUUUCUGUGUACCUGUACAUUCAUGUUUUCCCUUCAUCCUCUGUUUUAGCCUGAGCGAUCAUUUCACUUUGUCAAAUAUUGUAGGAAAAAUAAAAAAAUACAAAAAAAAUAAAAAACAAGAAAGCUGGAUUAAUCGGCUACAUCCGAGGCAAACUUUGUGUGGAAGUUAUUUUUGCCAGCGAAAGAACCGUGUGCUAUCCUCACCGUCUCACAAAGGCAUAUUCAUCUGUGUUACUGUAAAUGGAAAUGUCGUGUCUUUAUUUUCUCUGAGAGAACGAGUACUGUCCAUGUUGCUCAUUUGUGCUUACCGAACACUUUUCCCUAAAAGCAUACUUGUUUGUCUUUGUGUAUUCUGCCUCUUAUGUUUGUUUUCAGUUUUUUUUCUCAGUUUGAAACUUUAUUAGACUCAUCCUGAGCAACAGACUGUUUCUGUACAAGACGACAUCUUUGUAUGCAUGUAGUAGUCUGAGCAUUGUAUGACCACAGAACACUUUAUGGUACAUGUAUGUCAACAUUUCUGUAGAGCAUUGUCCCCAUUACAUCUAUUAGCAUUAUGCAGAAUAACAAAUAAAUGUAUAUAUACCUUG